AUGGUCUGGUCUAUGGUCUGGUCUAUGGUCUGGUCUAUGGUCUGGUCUAUGGUCUGGUCUAUGGUCUGGUCUCUGGUCUGGUCUGGUCUGGUCUGGUCUGGUCUGGUCUGGUCUGGUCUGGUCUGGUCUGGUCUGGUCUGGUCUGGUCUGGUCUGGUCUGGUCUGGUCUGGUCUGGUCUGGUCUGGUCUGGUCUGGUCUGGUCUGGUCUGGUCUGGUCUGGUCUGGUCUGGUCUGGUCUGGUCUGGUCUGGUCUGGUCUGGUCUGGUCUGGUCUGGUCUGGUCUGGUCUGGUCUGGUCUGGUCUGGUCUGGUCUGGUCUGGUCUGGUCUGGUCUAUGGUCUGGUCUAUGGUCUGGUCUAUGGUCUGGUCUAUGGUCUGGUCUAUGCAACUGUGCCAGUAGUUAAAGCAACAUUAACUGCCAACGAUGCUUGA